UCUCUUUUGAACUCUGAUCCGAGAAGCUUGGGAAAACCCUAACUUCUCUGUACUCAUACACAACAACAACUCCUCUUUCUCAUCUCUUCUUCAGUCUUUCUAGUCAUGGCGGGUGCAGCUCCUGAUGGAUCCCAAUUUGAUGCUCGUCAAUUUGAUUCAAAAAUGACAGAGUUGCUAAAUGCUGAAGGGCAAGAGUUUUUUACCUCAUAUGACGAGGCUUAUGAUACUUUUGAUGCUAUGGAAUUGAAGGAGAAGCUCCUGAGAGGCAUUUAUGCAUAUGGUUUUGAGAAGCCCUCAGCAAUCCAACAAAGGGGAAUUGUACCUUUUUGCAAAGGUCUUGAUGUGAUUCAGCAGGCUCAGUCUGGAACGGGAAAGACUGCUACUUUUUGUUCUGGAGUUCUGCAACAACUGGACUAUGAACUGUUAGAUUGUCAAGCCUUGGUCUUGGCACCUACUCGUGAGCUUGCACAACAAAUUGAGAAGGUCAUGCGAGCACUUGGAGACUAUCUUAAAGUCAAGGUUCAUGCUUGUGUGGGAGGUACCAGUGUCCGUGAGGAUCAAAGGAUCCUUUCAAGUGGGGUUCAUGUUGUUGUGGGAACACCUGGACGUGUAUUUGACAUGUUGAGAAGGCAGUCUCUCCGCCCUGAUCACAUUAAGAUGUUUGUAUUGGAUGAGGCUGAUGAAAUGCUCUCCAGAGGGUUCAAGGAUCAGAUCUAUGAUAUUUUCCAGCUAUUGCCUCCUAAGAUUCAGGUUGGUGUUUUCUCUGCCACAAUGCCUCCUGAGGCCCUUGAGAUCACAAGGAAGUUCAUGAAUAAACCUGUGAGGAUUCUUGUGAAACGGGAUGAACUGACCUUAGAAGGUAUCAAACAGUUUUAUGUGAAUGUGGAAAAGGAAGAAUGGAAGCUUGAGACCCUUUGCGAUCUAUAUGAAACCUUAGCCAUCACACAGAGUGUGAUUUUUGUGAAUACUCGUCGCAAAGUUGACUUGUUAACAGACCAGAUGCAAAGCAGAGACCAUACAGUCUCAGCUACCCAUGGUGACAUGGACCAGAACACUAGGGAUAUUAUAAUGUGUGAAUUCCGUACUGGUUCCUCUCGUGUUCUCAUCACCACUGAUCUUUUAGCCAGAGGAAUUGAUGUUCAACAAGUCUCCCUCGUCAUAAACUAUGAUCUCCCCACUCAACCUGAAAAUUACCUUCAUCGUAUUGGACGUAGUGGACGGUUUGGUAGGAAGGGUGUUGCAAUCAAUUUUGCAACCAAGGAUGAUGAGAGAAUGCUUUCUGACAUUCAGAGGUUUUACAACGUGGUGAUUGAGGAGCUUCCAGCAAAUGUCGCUGAUCUCCUAUAAGCUUCCUGCUCUGAGGCUGGCUACAAGAAUCGAACAGCAGGCCGUUGUUUGAUUUGGCCAUUUCUCCACACUUAACUCUCUUUUUCUUCUUUUUUAUUAGUCUUGAUUUAUAUGUUUUAACUGUGUUUAGUUUAAUAGUCUUAGUGUAACGCUGAACUAGUUAGUAAUACACAUUAGAUUGUCUAAUUCAUCAUAUACAAUGGUAGGCUCUCUUUUUAUUAUUGUUAA